UUGCCCGCCGCUUUCCUCGUUCUCGAGGACGGUUCGGUUCACCGGGGUGAGGCGUUUGGGGCCAACAUUGACACUGCUGGAGAGGUGGUAUUCAACACCACGAUGACCGGAUACCAGGAAGUGUUGACUGAUCCAUCUUACGCGGGUCAAUUGGUCACUCUCACGUAUCCUCUCAUCGGCAACUACGGCAUCAACGAGAUCGAUUUCGAAUCCCGGCGGAUACAGGUCAGUGCGCUGGUGGUCCGCCAGCACUGCGACGCGCCCAGCCACGGAUCCAGCACUCGCACGAUUCACGAAUACCUGGAGAGCGAGGGAGUCCCGGGCAUCAGCGGGGUGGACACGCGAGCCAUCACCCGUCGGCUGAGGUCGAGUGGAGUGAUGAUGGGGGCAAUAGCCAGUCAUCCCGAUGCCGCAAGGGCGAAGCUGGAGGCGGCGACCAGCUACGACGAGCUGGACCAUGUACGUAACGUAAUGACCGGCACUGCGUACGAUUGGGGCGGGACACGCCAAAAGGCCGGGGAAAGGCCCUACCGGGUGCUGGUAACGGAUUGUGGCCUUAAAUACAAUAUUCUUCGUGAACUCACCCGGCGCGGCUGUGAAGUGAGUGUGGUCCCUGCCGAUACGCCGGCAGAGGAACUGCUCUCCCUGAACCCGUCCGGAGUGCUUCUCUCACCUGGGCCGGGCGACCCGCGGAUGCUGGAUUACGUGGUCGAAAACGCCCGGCGAAUUCUCGGCAGAGUUCCCGUAAUGGGCAUAUGCCUAGGUCACCAGAUAGUGGCGCGGGCUCUGGGCGCAGAAACAUUCAAGCUUAAAUUCGGGCACCGGGGCGGCAAUCAUCCGGUGCGUGAUAUGUCAGACGGCAGGGUAUACAUCACGGCGCAGAACCACGGAUACGCCGUGAAGGCCGAGUCACUCCCUGCAGGCUUGGAAGUCUCUCACAUCAAUUUGAACGACGAUACGGUGGAAGGGUUGACCCACCGGGAUCUGCCGGUUUUCACCAUUCAGUACCACUCAGAGGCAUCGCCGGGGCCGAGGGACAACGAGUACCUUUUCGACCGGUUCGUGACACUGAUGGACGAUUUCAAGAAGUAG